AACAAAAAGUGAAACGUUCCGAAAUAUUGUAUAUUUCAGCAUGUUCAAAAACACGAUAGCGUUUUGCGCCUUGUUCGCUGUAAUAAGUGUUUGUGUCUCCGAGGAUGAGACACGUGCUCGCCUGCUGGUCUCUAAGCAGAUCCUUAACAAAUAUCUCGUCGAGAAGAGCGAUUUGUUAGUGCGCUAUACAAUUUUUAAUGUAGGCAAUGGGGCGGCUACAAAUGUGCAGCUAGUGGACAACGGCUUCCAUCCCGAUGCCUUUGAGGUGGUCGGGGGCCAGCCAUCAGCUACUGUGGAACGUAUCGCACCGCAAACAAAUUUUACUCAUGUCCUGGUAGUGCGGCCCAAGGCUUUUGGCUAUUUCAACUUCACAGCAGCCGAGGUUUCCUACAAGCCCAUCGAGGAGGCUGAGAUGCUCCAAUUGGCCAUUAGCUCAGAACCUGGAGAGGGUGGUAUUGUAAAUCUGAAUGAGUACAACAAACGUUUCUCUUCCCAUUUCUUCGAUUGGGUGGCCUUUGCCAUUAUGACGCUGCCUUCUUUGGCCAUUCCACUCAUCUUGUGGCACUCUUCCAGAACUAAAUAUGAGCGCCAUGGAAAGAACAAAAAGCAUUAAGCACCAACCAACAAGAGAUUGCUAAAGUUCCAUACAAUAUCGCCGUUUUAAUUAAAAAUCGUUUCAUACCUCGUACAUUCAACCACACACCCAUAGAUUAUUUUAAAAAUUGUAAAGCGUUAAAUCGUUUUAGAUUUGAUACGAAAUGAGAAUUCAAGAAAUCCACUGAAAGUUUAAACU